CCCUUCCAACGGGCGCCGCGCGCGGCGGGCGGUUACGGCCGUUACUCCCCGCCCCGGUGAGGAGAGAGGCGCAGCGGCCGUGGCGUUCUUCCUUCCCGGCCGGCAUGUUUGUUCCUUGCGACCGCGGCGGGUCUUCCGCCAGCUCCGACUUUAAAGGCUUCACUCUGCUCAUGCCAGCAGUGUCGGUGGGAAAUGUUGGGCAACUGGCAAUAGAUCUAGUGAUUUCCACGCUUGAUAUGACUAAAGUUGGUUACUUCUACACUGACUGCUUGGUGCCAAUGGUUGGAAAUAAUCCAUAUGCAACAGCAGAAGAAAACUCAGUGGAGCUGAGUAUAAAUGCUGAAGUGUAUUCGUUACCUUCAAAGAAACUUGUAGUUCUGCAGAUCAGAUCGCCAUUUAUAAAGAACAAGUACAGGCCAUUCUGUCAAACACUGCUUUCUUGGGUGAAAAGCAGCAAAUGUGCCAGAGUCGUUCUUCUGUCUAGCAGCCAUGCGUAUCAGCGAGAUGAUGAGCAGCUUCUUGGGACACCACUACGCUACCUUCUUACACCUGACCUUGAGAAAGCAGUUGGAGGCCUGAUGCAGGAGCUAAACUGGAAAGAAAUGGAAAAAGUAGCAGCUUACCCUGGAAUAAAUGAUACAGAAAAAGUAUUACAUAUUCCUGGAGGUGGUAUAACAAAACGAUUGUUUACUGAGAGCUGUUCAAAAGGAAUCCAAAUGGCAGUUCUUCUGAAAUUCUGCUCAGAAGGGGACAACAUCCCUGAUGCGUUUACUCUUGUUAACUAUCUUAAUGAAUGGCUCCAGUUAAUUAAAAGCGAAAGCAACAAUUCCACAGAUACUUCUUCACAAUGGAAAAUACCAAGUUCUUGGCGCUUACUUUUUGGCAACGGUCUCCCACCUGCACUCUUCUGAUCAAUUUUGAACUCUUCUGUAAGUCACGUGUGCAGUCUCAAAUGUCCCUUGAGAAGUUAUUACUUAGUCAUUGCCAAGCAACAGCAGCUUACUUUGUGUCUACAUCAAUUCUUUAUUUAAGAAAAAUUUCUUUAACAUAUGUGGGUAGUAGCUAAAGAAAUUAAGGUAAUUUUCACAAAUUGACCAAAGAAAUAUGUUUUGUACAGUUCUUUAUUGAAUAACUUUGGUUGAUUUUUUUCUUUUUUCCCUAAUAAAAUAUUUUUGAAAAAACCUUUUUCUUCGGUUAAGUGUUAUUGCUAUAGAAAAACUUAUGGUGCACCUUUUUCAUGUAGCUGAGAACUUGAGACUGAUGUGCAGGAAUAGAUCUUUCUUAUGAAGAUAAAACACUAAUCUUCCAUGUGAACUGUGGAUCUUAGCCUUUUUUUCCCCCAAAACUUUCUUGGUGAUCUAAGGGAAGCUCAGAAGUGACCUAGUUCUGCUUUCUUUUCCCAGUACUGCUGUGGUAACUUCACGUGGGGAGACUGCAGGUGAUACAGCAGCCUGUUCUAUCUUUUCUGCUCUACUUCCAUCAUAUAA